AGCACAUACAAACAGGCAGACAGUAAAUGAAACGCUCGUCGGUCACAUUGCAGAGUGUGGAUCUGGUCACGCCCGUGCACCGCAGCAGCAGCAGCAGCAGCAGCCGUCCGUCGCGCGCAUCUGUCCCCGUGCAGGAGCAGCAGCAGACAGCUGGAGCUGGCGAUGAUGGCGGACUGUGUUGGCUUUCAGGCGCAAAUCGCCUCGAUUAUCGAGGUACUGGCCAAUUCGGCGGUGGCGGAGAUCUGCAAACUGGUGGACGAUGGCUACGCGGCGCUGCGCUCUCAGAUGGACCAGGAGCGCGAGAAGAGCGAGAAGGAGAUCGAUGCCCUGCGGCACAAACUGCGAGAAAUCGACGUUAAGAUGCGGAGCUACGAGAGGAAGAUGAGGAGACGAAGUCAGCGCGAGGAAACGCACGCCGUUCAUUUUAGGCCACCCGAAGGAGAUGAUGACCAUCAGCCUGUGGUGGCACCUCCUCCUGACACGCCUGAAGAAAAACCCUUCCAUCACAUUUCAGUGCAGGCGGAGACCAAUAUGUUUCUGGUGAAGCAGGAGAAAGUGGAGCGAGAUGACUGCAACCUGGACCUGAAGGUGGAGGUGAACAUCAGGGCCGAGUGUGGCCUGUCUACAGCAGUGGAGCCCAGUGAGGAGCCUCCACCCACUGAUAUUGUUCUUGACACCAGUGUCACUAACAUCCCCUCCUCCACCACCCAGCCCUCCUCCUCCCCCACUGAGGCCACCAUGGACCUGACCUGCAGGCCUCGAGCCAAACGUAAAGCCACCAUGCCUGUGGGCAACACUUUGACAGUCAGCAAUGGGGGGGUCACAGGCCCUGAGGCCGCUCGCAGGGACCUUGGUGAGGGCCUCACAGAUGGUGCUCUGAAGUCAGAGAUCCAAACAGACAAUGUUGCAGAGGAUGAACUCCAUCCCUCCCAGCUCUCAGCCCCUGUAGCCUCAGAUGAGCCCAGCCCUGACCGCCUCAACAGCCUGGGUCUGGACCUGGCCUGGAUGCAGGAGAGGGUCAGCCAUCUCGGCGCAGCGUACGCAGUAGCACAGCUUGGUUUGGGGAACACAGAGACUGGCCACCCCUCUGCCUCCUUCCCCGCACAGGGAGGAGGAGACAGUCUAGAUAGCCCUCCGACCAUGCUUUUCACAGGUGGCGCUCAUGAAAUGGCUGCUUUCGCCGCCUCCUUUGACAUGGCUGCGGCUGCAGCCGCGGCUGCUGCAGUCGCAGCUGCACCGCCUCCACCACCUCCUCCACCCCUUCCCCCCGCAGCUCCUCCUGCCACCACGACCAGCCAGAGGCGGCCUUACAGAAGCAGCGCUGCUGCUGCUAAAGAGCCCGUGGUGUGCGCUGUUUGUGGGCGUGUCUUCCCCACUGCAGCCUCUCUGGAGCUGCACCAACGUGUGCACACAGGAGAGAGGCCCUACACAUGCCCCCACUGUGGAAAGGGCUUCGCCCAGCCCAACAACCUGCGGGUCCACCUCCUCAUCCACACUGGGGAGAGGCGUUAUCGCUGUUCACUGUGUGGGAAGAGUUUCAUCUCGUCCAGCCACCUGAAGAGGCACCGCACGGUCCACACGCAGGAGAAGCCGUACAGCUGCUCUCGCUGUGGACAGUCCUUCAGCCAAAUGUGUAGCGUUCGCAGACACCGGCAGCAGUCCCAGUGUGGCCUGUAGACUGAGCGCUGGAGGAGCUGGAUGGCAUCAGGAGCUUAUCCUCAUACAGAUUGGGCUCUGAGGGAUGAAUAGUUGAAUCCUUUACAUGGGAAUUCUAGCAUCUUAUGUAAACACGAGCAAAAACAGCCAGGCUGUAUCCUGUGACAUCAUGGCACGUAUAGUUGAUAUUUGUCCUAGAUCAUAGCAGUGACGUGAAUUCUGUUUAAAGGCAGAAUCCUCCUAAACCACACUCAACCUCUUUUUACUUCUUGUUUCAAACUGAGAGGAUCACAGAGUGGACUGUUCGAGUGCCUGAGACAGUGUUGAGAACACUUAUUCCAUCAAUCUGUCAUGAAAUGGUCUGUAUGUGUUUACACAGCGGGGCUGAUCCAGGAGGAAAGGGUCGUAGUUUAUCCUGCAUUAUGUUAGAUUAUGAUGAUGGUAAACAGCUAUCAUCACAGUGUACCUGCACUGUCCACUGACCACUUUGUGAAACAGGGUGAACAGAAACAUUUUGAGCACCUCACAACCCUAUAGUGUUUAUAUAAUGAGGCGACUUUCAAAAUUGACUUAAAAUACAUAAAAAGUCAUCAGACGUUAAGCACGUGUUAUUAACAAAAAUUUAUUCUUGCCUUAUCCCACUGUGAGGUCUGAAGCCAGACUCAUAUUUCCACACACUUCUGCUUCUUUUGUUUUUGUUGGACUGCUGCCACCACUAGAUUACAUUUCUCACACUGCAAAGUGUAGAAAUGAAAGGGACAGUUUGGAUUUUUUGAAGUGGGGCUGUAUGAGCUACUUAUCUUUAGUCAGUGUAUUACAUACAGUAAAUGACUUUUAUCAGGCCCUCUGUUUGAAGAAGCAGACGGGAGUAGCACUCCAGAAGCCGAAAUGUGGCGUAAUACAGUGAGUAGCACAGCUGCACUUAAGCGUAGGAAUACAGAAGUUAAGCGGCUGAGAAAAUGUAGUGCUUAAGGGUAUAUACCGACUAUAGAUACCUUAAAACUUCAGUUAAUAGAAUGGGCCGUUAUUUGCUUAAACCCCUGAACUCAACAGGCUUAUAUUUUUGCGUCUCGUUUCCUGUGCCGGUAUCACUUCUUCUUUGGUGCUCAUGGUUUCAGUAAAAUGGACUGAAUAAUUCGUGGAGAAUCUUACUAAGCUAACCAUAUGUGUAGCAUGUCCAUAUUUACAACAGUUUCAGAAGCUAACCAACAUUAUCUCCUGUGGGUAUCCAAAAACCUGGUUUUAUACAUCCAAAAAACUUAAAAACUUAAAAAUGAACUGCAUGGUAACCGGGGCUCUAAUUGAGACAGGCCUUUGUUUUUCAAAAUGUGUAGCCACACCAGGCUAGUAAAAGAGACUGGGCGUCUAAUUGAGACUAGGCUUAUAUCAGAAGUUUUAUGGAAAGUACCUCAUACAGUCCCACUUCAAAAAAACAUUUAAAAUCAUGCUGAGACGUCCUCAGUAGAGUUUUUGAUUGAAAUAUUUAUGUUUUUUAACUGGUAACAAGGGGAACCUGACAGCAUAGUUAGCCUAGCUCGGUCAAAAGUCUCACAUUUCAAUAACCCCAAAGCUGUCUUAGUGGCAAGUUGUAUUUUAUGUAGUUAGCUAUGCAGUGAUAAAACAUAAAGAAUGUGAUAACAACAUCAUAGCCUUCCCUGCAUCCUUGAUCAAGAUAUUUCAAAUCAUAAAAAACAAGUUCUGUUUUCAUAUAUUUAUGCCAUUCUAAGGGCACAGUCACACAUGAGUGAAUGCAGGUGAGUCACUGUCGUCUGCUGAGGUGAUAUACAUGCUGAAUGUGGGCAGUGCCGGUAGAAAGCUAGCUUGGUAGCUAAUGUUAGCUAGCUUGUGAAUAAAUACCAUCAAAUUUGAUGUUAAUGGUACAUUUUCUAUUUUCUUAUGUUCAACACCUGUCUCCUGACUUACUGCCAGCCAAGUAGCAUCUCUCAUGUGGAUCGUCAAAAAUAAGCUCUUUGACAAACACAAGUUUAUGAGACUUAAAGGUUUUGUUUAGCAUGAUAAUCUUCACAG